UUUAAUUGUCCUCAGAUACGGUGGGUGGCAAGCAUUCACAAUGACGUCGUACAGACAGCUGCAGAGCGAUGAUGUCAGUGAUCAGUUUGAUCUGGAUUCCCAGCCAGAUGCUUUUAAACCACGGGAAGAAGUGGAGGUACAGAUCGAGCCCACCAGAGCCAGAACCAAAUCACGGGUGCGACUCCCAAACACAAACUGUACAAAGAACAAGGUGAUUGCUGUUCUAGUCAUCAUGCUCCUGGUAAUGUUUCUUGUAGCGUCUGUUACAAUCUAUGAACUGGACAAACAUGGCGUUCAGUGCCAUAACGAUGCACAGGAAAUCAAAGCAACGACUAGUCCACCAACAGAGCCAACUACCACGGCAUCAGCAGCUACAACGACUAAAGUAGCACCACCAACUGCAGUGGCUCCCACACAGGCAACUGCAACAAAUGGCGAACGGUUUCCAUGGAAUGAAAUUCGGCUCCCAUCGUCUGCCAAUCCCUUUGAGUACGAAAUCUUCUUACAUCCUAACCUCUCAACGUUUGAAGUACGGGGCAAUGUUGUCAUUCACUUUAACACGACAGAGGAGAUAUCCUUCCUUAUACUUCAUGCCAAAGACAUAUCCAUCCUCAUGCCAGAAUCAAUAGAGUUAGUUGAUCAACCAGAGGCAAGUGUUGCUGUUGAGAAGCUCCUCUUCUUCAAGAAAAACGAGCAGAUAUCUGUUCAUUUUGAGAAACCUAUCAGCAACGAUGUGCACUGUAUCCUGACAUUAGAGUUCAACUACACGUUAGCAGAGGGUUUGGAUGGAUUCUACAGGAGCUCCUAUAAAAAGAAUGGAAAUCCAGUAACUAUGGCUUCCACACAAUUUGAGUCGACCUCGGCUCGAAAGGCAUUCCCAUGCUUUGAUGAGCCAGCCAUGAAAGCCAAGUUCUCACUGAAGAUAGUCCAUGAUAAGGAUCAUAUCACACUCUUCAACAUGCCAGCACAAACCAAGAAUGAAACCUAUAAGGAGACAGCACUCCUCUUGGAUACCUACCAGACCACUGUUCCUAUGAGCACUUACCUGGUAGCGUUUGUUGUGUGUGAUUUCAUCAGUAUUGAUGACGUCACAAGCACCGGCACCAAGGUUUCCAUGUAUGCUCCUGUGGAUCAGAUCAACCAAGCAGAAUUAGCACUAGAAGUCGUCAACAAAACUAUUCCAUUCUACGAGACGUUAUUUGACAUCUCAUACCCUCUACCCAAGCAAGAUAUGAUAGCGAUUCCAGACUUUGCGGCAGGAGCGAUGGAGAACUGGGGUCUUAUCACCUACCGAGGGGCAUCAGUCCUCUACAAACCGAAUGUCACAUCAACUCCGCAAGAAGCAUGGAUAGUUGUUACUGUUACACAUGAAUUGGCACAUCAGUGGUUUGGUAAUUUGGUAACGAUGCAAUGGUGGAGUGACCUGUGGCUCAAUGAAGGAUUCGCAUCGUUUGUGGAAUACAUCGGAGCUGAUCACUUCAGACCUGAAUGGCACAUGAUGGAUAAGUUCAUCAUACAAACUACCCAUAGAGCCAUGAGCAAGGACCAGGAGGCUAAUUCACAUCCUAUCUCAGUGACAGUCAAUAAUCCUAGUCAAAUCCAGGAAAUAUUUGAUGCCAUCUCAUACAGUAAAGGUGCAACAAUCUUGAAGAUGUUACAAAGCUUUUUGAUGAAUGGUGACCAGGAUAUCAUGAUGCUGGGAAUCCAACGUUAUCUCAAGCAGUAUAAAUUCAAGAAUGCUGUGACAUCUGACCUCUGGAACGCCUUAUCAACGGUCGCUAAAGAGAAUGGACAUAGUGUCGAUGUUACUGCUAUGAUGGAUACCUGGACACUUCAGAUGGGAUUCCCAGUCAUCAAUGUCACCCAGGCAGGCCUGGCUACUCAACAAAGGUUUCUUAUUUAUCCUCAGAAAGAGCCUUCAAAUGAGGCCUCUUCAAAGUUUGGGUAUAAGUGGACUAUUCCUGUCACGUACUUCACCGAUACUGACCCUCAAACCAAGACUAUUGUUAUGGAACAUGAGAAAGCAAGUGUGAAUCUGCAUGUAGCUGGUGCUAGUAAAUGGUUCAAGGUCAACACAAAGCAGUCUGGGAUGUACCGUGUGAACUACGACACAUCGACCUGGAAAGCAUUAAUAGAUCAACUUCAGACCAACCACACUGUGUUGAGUGCUGCUGAUAGAGCUAACCUCAUCAAUGAUGUAUUCAAUCUGGCUUGGGCUGGGCACGUGAACUACAGCAUCGCUCUUGACCUGUCAAAGUACCUCAUUAAUGAGACGGAGUAUGUUCCCAUAGAAACGGGCCUUGAUUCAUUGUCUUCUAUAGGAAGUUUGCUCUAUGGAAAACCGGGAUACUCCUACUAUAAGGAUUAUGUGCUCAAACUAUUUGGUGAGCGUGUUUCCACUCUUGGGAAAGAAGAUACAGGAGAACAUCUUGACAGGUUGACACGAAAGAGCCUGUUAUCAACAUUCAGACAUCUAGGUGAUGCAGAUACAUUAGAGUGGGCCAGUGCUGAGUACAAGACAUGGAUGGAAACCGGCUCAACUACUGUAGGAGCUAACUUGCAGGGUAUCGUACAGUGUGGAGGAGUACAAUCUGGAGGAGGACGUGAGUGGGAAUAUGCUUGGAAUAAAUACCAGAGUUCAACAUCUCCUACAGAGAAAGCUUUGCUUCAAAGUGUCUUAGCAUGCACACGGGAUCCGGAUAUACUUAGCAGGUACCUUGGGUUUGCAUUGGACAGUAGUAAGAUUCUUCAGCAGGAUUCUGUGUCAGUAAUCACAUCGGUGGCCUACCAACGAGCUGGCUCCUACUUAGCUCUUCGCUAUGUCAUCGACAAUUGGGACAAGAUUCAGAAAUCGCUUGGUUUACAGCCCUUUGUGAUGUCAAGUCUAAUUACCGGGACUACAUGGUGGAUAUCUACACAUUUUGAAUUUGAAUAUGUGGAGCCAUUCUUUUCGGAGCACACCGCUGGAACAGCUGAGCGUACCCUGAAGCAGACCAUGGAAGACAUCAGGAUGAGAAUCGCAUGGAGAGAAAAGUAUGCGGAACAGGUCACAAAAUGGUUCAAAGAAGCCACUAAAACUCCUUCAACAUCAUAGUGAGAAGUGGAGAGUGUACAAGGAAGGUUUAAUCUUUUUUUGUUUUUUGUUGGGGGAGUACUUAUUCCAUUCCGUCUGAUGAUAAUUUAUACACCAUUCAACAUCUCUCAAAACCAGCUGUGAGAUUUCUUUAUGCUUUAGCAGGAGUCCUUUGGAUUUGCUUAGUAUAUUCCUUUCCUCUUCAAUCUACCCUUGCCACACACCCACACAAUUCUUCUCUUUGUAUAUUGUAUCAAACUGUUACAAUAAUCAAUUUAUACAUGCAGGAAAUAUUAGUAUGAAGUAAUUAUUAUUACUUUAAUCUGAAUGUAUUAACAGCUGCACAGUCCCUUUGUCCUGUACUGGAAAUGUUACCCCUUUGAACCUGCUCACAAGACUAUUCAAAUAUCUUCUGCACAUUUUCUUGGUGUCCUCAUGUAUUAUAUGAAAGAAUAUUGUCCCUCCCUCUUUAGUUUAGAGUCCGUAAUACUGGUUGCUCAAAAGAUGAUGAGAAGUCAAAUGUUCUAAUAUGUUUUAUUACGUCUCACAUGAGAGCAA